GGUACAGAACAGAGACCUAAAAUACAGACAGAAGGUUUCAUUCACCGCCCAAACCCUAAUAAAGACUCAAUCCCCCCACCCCCCCGGGGGCCUCUCUCCCUCUCCCUCUCUGUCCAGAAUGGGUAGCUUCCGGUCGUCUUACAGAGAUGACAAUGGCGAAGAGAACGACGACGACAGCAACAACGAGGAAAACAGUGACAUUGGCGUCACCGAUCCGACCCCAUCCAACACGGUCGCUACCGAUACCGAUGGCGGUGCUAUCGCGGCCGCGACCACGGAAACCACGAACACAUCCGCCGCAACUCCUGAUACGGAAACCGAACCCUUAGUUGACGUGAAAGAACCUAUUGCUUCCGAAGAUACAUCUAUGUCCGACGACGAAGCCUCCGAUAAUCCUCAGCCCCAGAAAUCGUCGCCCCCAGCUGACAAAGAUAUUGUCGAUUCGCCGAAAUUCACUAAAGUAUCUGAAGACGACGGCGAUGACGAAGAGGAAGAGCCCCUGCCGAAGAAGCAGAAGCAACUUUCGUCAUUGACAUCGAAUGGAGAGCAAUUGGGCGAUGAAGAAGCGGCAACUUUACUUCCAAAGACUGGAAUGAAGAGAAUGACAGCCACCGCAACCACCACAACAGUUAAGAAGUCGAAGAAGAAGGGCAAUAAUGUGUGGACGAAAUCCACAUCCCGGAAAGGUAAGAAGAAGACCAAGUCCAGUAACCACAACUCCCAACCGGAGGACAAUAGGUUAAUCACUCCGAUUCCGCGUUUCCCUGAUAAAACUGAUGAUACCCCUGAUAUGAACAUCUGUUUGUCCAAGGUAUACAAAGCCGAGAAAGUUGAACUGAGUGAUGAUCGGUUGAGCGCUGGUAGUGCAAAAGGCUAUAGAAUGGUUAGGGCUACUAGAGGGGUUGUGGAGGGUGCUUGGUAUUUUGAGAUUAAGGUUGUGAAAUUGGGGGAGACAGGACAUACAAGACUGGGGUGGUCGACUGAGAAAGGGGACUUGCAGGCACCAGUUGGAUAUGAUGCAAAUAGUUUUGGUUAUCGGGAUAUUGAUGGGUGUAAAAUACACAAGGCUUUGAGGGAGAAGUAUGGCGAUGAAGGGUAUGAAGAAGGCGAUGUAAUUGGGUUUUACAUAAAUUUGCCUGAGGGAACCUUGUAUGCCCCGAAGCCUCCUCGUUUUGUUUGGUACAAGGGGCAGAGGUAUGUUUGUGCACCAGAUGAGAAAGAAGGUCCACCUAAAGUAGUGCCAGGAAGUGAAAUCUCUUUCUUCAAAAAUGGGGUAUGCCAGGGAGUUGCAUUUCAGGAUCUUUAUGGUGGCCGAUACUACCCUGCAGCUUCAAUGUAUACUCUUCCCAAUCAACCAAAUUGUGUUGUGAAAUUCAACUUUGGCCCUGAUUUUGGAUUCUUUCCAAACGACUUUGGUGGUCGCCCUAUUCCAAGACCCAUGAUUGAAGUUCCCUAUCAUGGCUAUGAUGGCAAAAUUGAGAAUGGUAAUCCAUUGACUUCCUUCAGAUUGGGCCCCACUCUGAAAGUGGUAAAAGAGCGAGAUGCUGAUGUUAAGGAAGCUGCACACACUGGCCUUUUAAGCAUAAGGAGAAACCCCAGGCGAUGGGCAUAGACAUUCUUGAAGUGUGUGACAAAUGUUUACCUUUAGAGUUUAAAAGGAACAUUAUAUUUUUGAAUGGGAGGCCGAUAUAUUCUUCAUAACACAUGGUCGGUGUCUUCGAAUGACAUGAAACAAAGUUGGGGGCUCAUCUGAAGAAGUUUACUCAAUGACAAGAAGAUCCUUUCCUUGUAGUUUUGAAGCAUGUCUAUAUAGCACGAGUCUAGCCAUAGCUUAUGGUUUUACAAUACUCUUGGAGGUGAUGUGUACAUUUCAAAGUAGUGUAUAUCUGUAAGAUGGUUCAUUGUAAUAUGUUUUGGUUGGAUUGAAGACAAUUAGUUGAUUGUGUGCUUAUGUGUGUAUACAUCCUCAAUGUUUUUACAAUAAUAUAUAUUUUUGUGGAAAAAGUGGGAGUAGAGUGAACUCCACUGUUUCAGAUA